AUGAGCGCCGAAUGCAGCAGCUACGUCAGCACGGACGACGUGUCGGUGGUCGCUUUCUCCUGCCCCAAAGUGGGAAACGCGGCCGCCCGCUUCUGUUGCGGAUUUAACGAUCUGAAGUACUGCUGCGAUGACCCCAACAGCUUUUAUCCGCACGACUACGCUUACAUGUGGUGGCUGAGUAUUUGGGCUCUUGUUGGACUGUCUUUUGCAGCGGUGGUCCUUCUCGCCUUCCUCAUCACAGUCUGCGUGCUUUGCUAUCUUUUCAUCACCACCAAACCGAGUCGUCGUGACAACAUACCCUUACGAGCGCCGCUGCCGCCGGCAGGUGAGCUCCAACAGGGGUCCGGUUUGAGCGGAGCGGAGGGCUCCUCCGGUCCGCAGGGGUUCCGAAAGUACUUCACCAGCAGGAAAUUGCAUGCUGAAAACCAGCCCCAAGAUCCUGAGCGUUUGUUCCAGAGGUGUUUCACGGCCACGGUUAGAGCAGAGAGUCCGUCGUAAAAGUUGUUCCAAAUUUCACCCUGCCCCAACCCAUCCGAGAGUUGCCAGGCCGGCGGCGGUGCACGACGACACCGUUCGAAUAUUCCCUUAUCGCGCUUGAAACGGGCCAGAUGAAUU